GAUUCCCAUUUCUAUAAAUAAUGUCAAUACGGACCACCUGAUCAUGUCCAUCACAUAUGCCUUUUCUUGAUAAACAUAUAAGCCAAAAAAAACAGAGAAAGAAAAAAGCUCAAAAGAAAGCUAGCCAUGGCAGCGAGAAAAUAUGAGGUGGUGUUCAUUUCAACUCCAGGGUUCGGAAACCUCGUCCCAGUUGUUGAGUUUGCGCAGCGCCUCAUCGAUCACGACCGUCGGUUUUCCGCCACCGUACUCAUCAUCACCAUGCCCCAAAGACCCCUCGUCAGCACCUACGUCCAAUCACGCGCCGCCUCACCAGCCGCCAACACCGUCCGAUUCCUCCACAUCAGGGAGGUGGAGGAUCUGCCCUCACCCGAUCAUUUCCGUUCUUCCAUUGGCUUCGUGUGCAGUCUCAUUGAAAAACACAGAUUGCACGUAAAGCACGCAAUCACCGACCUCAUGGCAACCGAGUCACACUCCGACUCGCCCGUUCGACGAGUCGCUGGGUUAUUCGUUGACAUGUUUUGUACUUCCAUGAUUGAUGUAGCCAAGGAGCUCAACAUCGCUUGCUACCUUUUCUUUGCUUCUCCAGCGACUUUUCUCAGCUUCAUGCUUCAUCUUCCGGUUUUAGACAUCCAACUCACCACCGACCUGGCCAAGUUGGAAACCCAGUUAGUCAUCCCGGCGUUUGUGAAUCCUGUUCCUCCAACCGUUUUGCCUCCGCCGGCCCUGACGCGAGAUGGGUACGCUUCGAUUUUGCAAAAUGCACGCAGGUACGCAGAAACGAAGGGUAUAAUUGUAAACACAUACUUGGAGCUUGAGCCUUACGCGCUUGACUCGGUCUCCACGAGCCAAUUGCCACCGGUUUACCCUGUUGGACCAAUUCUGGACCUUGCUGGGCCGGCCCAAUGGCAUCCAGACCGGACCCACCAUGAGAAUAUCAUGAGGUGGCUAGAUGACCAGCCUCCAUCAUCGGUGGUGUUUUUGUGCUUUGGUAGUAUGGGGAGUCUCAGUGGGUCCCAAGUGAGAGAGAUAGCAUUUGGGCUUGAACGGGCCGGACUUCGGUUCUUGUGGGCCUUGCGCGAUAAACCAAAGGCCCAAUUUCAUCUUCCGAGUGAGUACGCAAAUCUCGAGGAGGUUUUACCGGAUGGGUUCUUGGAACGUACGGCUGGAAUUGGAUUGGUCUGUGGGUUGGUUCCGCAGGUGACAAUCCUGGCCCACAAGGCAAUCGGAGGGUUCGUGUCGCAUUGUGGGUGGAAUUCAAUCUUGGAGAGCUUGUGGCACGGAGUACCAAUUGCCACAUGGCCGAUUUAUGCGGAGCAACAAAUGAAUGCCUUUGAGAUGGUGAAAGAAUUGGGAUUGGCGGUUGAGAUAUCGUUGGAUUAUAAGGAGGGAAGUGAUUUGGUGCUGGCAGAGGAGGUUGAGAGAGGAAUAAAGCGUUUAAUGGAUGGUGAAAAUGAGGUGAGGGAAAAGGUGAAGGAAAUGAGCAAGAAAAGUAAGAUGGCUGUGAUGGAAAAUGGGUCAUCAUAUAGGUCAUUAGGAGCAUUGAUCGAGGAAUUGGUAUUUAAUUAGCAGCAAUUAUUUGUAAAUCGAACUUGGGACUCACCUUGUUCGUGUCGAAUUGAGUAGUCAUAUAAAAAAUUACCAACCUUAAUGAGAACAUCAUUUUAUACCCA